GAUGUAUCUUCCCCCUUCUCUUUCCCCCACCACCAUAUACCACCCGCAUCGCCACCACCAUUCCACCUCCCCUUCCCCACGCGACAUCACCCUCCAGAUCACCCCCCCCCCUCCCCUCGACCUCCAGAUCCCGACCCCAUCGCCCAUGGCGACCGCCUUCGACUCCCCGACCUCCUCCCCGGCGGCCGCGCCCUUCCACGACGACCCCUUCCUCAGCUUCGCCGACUCCCCCACCCCCGCCGCGGCCGACGCCCACGUCUCCGGCGACGCCUUCCCGGCCUCCCCCGACCCCUACGCCUUCCGCCACGACUCCGCCGCCGCGCACCCCUUCGGCAUGCCCGACUCCAACGGCAACGGCCACGCCAUGCACCACGACGCCGACGACGACGGCCUCUUCACCGACCCCGGCCCCGUCCUCCCCGACCCCGCCCAGAUGGGGGCCGACGAGGGCUUCCUCCUCCGCGAGUGGCGCCGUCAAAAUGCACUCCUUCUGGAGGAAAAGGAGAAGCACGAGAAGGAGCUGAGGAGCCAAAUCAUCCUUGAAGCUGAAGAGUUCAAGAAGGGUUUCGUCGAGAAGCGCAAGCUGAACCUUGAGACAAGCAAGGAUCACAACCGGGAAAGGGAGAAGCUUUUCCUGUCCAACCAGGAGAAGUUCCACAAGGGCGCAGACAAGCAGUACUGGAAGGCGAUAUCCGAGCUCAUCCCACAGGAGAUUGCGCACAUCGAGAAGAGGACGGGCAAGAAGGACAAGGACAAGAAGCCUGGGAUCAUCGUUGUCCAGGGCCCCAAGCCCGGGAAGGCCACCGACAUGGCGCGGAUGCGCCAGAUCCUCUCAAAGCUGAAGCACACACCGCCGCCACACAUGAAGCCACCUCCACCACCUGCUGCAGCACCCGCUGGGAAGGAUGGAACUCCGGCCGCCGCUGGAAAGGACGGAGCUAAGGCGGUAGCGACACCUGCUGCCAAGGAUGCCCCUGCCAACGGCACUGUCCCUGAGAAGGAGAAUGCCGCACCCGCCGCCGCUGCCCCCGCAGCAGCAGCCCCUGCACCACCAGCUGAGCCCAUCGCUGCUGCCUGAACGAAGGUGACCUCGUUCAGCCGCUAAUCCUUUGCAGUAGGGUUAUAUUUGGGUGUCGGUAGAGUUGUUCCAGGAGAGAUGGGGAAGGAGCGUGAAGGCCACAUACGAUGCGAGGUGGUGAGAUCGUCUUUGAGUUCACCACGGGGAAUCAUGGCGGAGAUACACGCAGUGUACUAUUAUUAAUUUGAGUUUGUUAUUAUGAGCAGGAGGGUUGUUACUUAUGGGACCAGCAAACUUUAUUCGUUAAUAUUGUCAUUGCAUUUUGUAGAGAGAAAGAGGGGACUGGUAAGAAUAAGGUAAGGCUGCUGCUGUAUGUGUUUGUAUAUUUAUCAUCAAGUGUUGGAUUUUUGGUCAGACCUGUGAUUGAUGUUGCAUAUAUUAUAUCAUUUGGUUUUUCAUCUCAA